AUGACAUUCGAUACACUUUCUACUGGUGAAAACGUUCUAUUCGUAGCUCCUGCUACCGUGGAUCAAAGCAUGUUUGUUCAGGUCAAAUCAUCCGCUGAACAAUCCGUUGGACCUACAGGACAAACCGCAUUUGAGGUCAUUGAUAGAGUUGCUGAUGCUCCAUUAAGCAAAUCAAACUUCAACAUUAUCUAUUCCAACUUGUUCACGCCCUCUAUUUCCACUCAUACACCAAACAUGUUCUCUCGCUACUUGACUACCCUGGCUGCUGGCGGUCGCCUAGUGCUGGAGGAAGUGGUCUUGCUCGUCGAUUUAGCCAAUACCGUAUGUCCCAUUACUCGCAAGGCAUCCGACCUGGAAUCCAUGUUGAAGCUCGCUGGUUUUGUGGAUGUCAAAGUGACAAAUGUAGCCCCUGUUUCUGAUGAAACUUUGGCUGAUUAUUUCCGUUUGUGGGGCACUGCAAAGGUGGAGCAAGGUGUGAGCAGAUUGACAGGUAAAUUCGGUAUUGCUCAUAUUGAGGCAAAGAAGCCUGCCUACGAAGUUGGACAAAAGAUGACAUUGAAGUUUGGCAAGAAGAAGAACGCUACGACCACAACAAAGAAGGCUGUUUGGGCUACUGUUUCCACUGAUGAUUUGGAGGAUGAAGAUGCCUUGUUGGAUGAGGACGACAAGAUUAAGCCCAGUAAAGCUUCCUUGACUCGGCCUGAUGAUUGUGAAUUGACAGAUGGAAAGAGAAAGGCCUGUAAAAACUGUACAUGCGGAAGAGCAGAGGAAGAAGAGAUGGAAUCAAAUAACGUCGUAUCAUUGGAUCUGAUGGAUGAUAUUCAAGAUGAAAUCGUGGAAGUGGAUCCUACACCCAAGAAGACGGGUGGAUGUGGUAGUUGUGCAUUGGGUGAUGCCUUUAGAUGCUCUACAUGUCCUUACUUGGGAAUGCCAGCAUUCAGCACUGGUGAAAAGGUUGCUUUGGGUGGCAUGUUUGCUCAAGAUGACAUUGAAUUUUAA